UGUAGAAGAAUAAACUAUGAACCCUUUGACCUAUUAUAAUGAUUUGCUCUUCGCUUCAAUUUGAUCACUAGUAUAUUUUUCGGUGAUUCAAAUCACUCUUUGUAUCAAAGAUUGCUCAUUUCUUUCAGGAUUCUUCAAUAUGUCCACUUUUCAGAAUAAGCCGCCGUUGUUGACGACAUAUGCUAAGUAAACACGAGGGACGGGAAGAAGAAAGAGGGGUUGGGUAUAAAAAUUCGUUUUUGUUCUUGUUUACGUAAUGGCUGCAUCGGCAAUCAUCCGAAGGAAGAAGGAUCUUUUCCGUAUUCUCAAUCAGCAAAAUUUAAUUCGCGGGUUUUCAGCUUUCGAGCACGGAAGAUCCAUACCUAGACAUGUUGUUAAUGAUGACGAUUCUUCACGGCAUUGUUUCUCGUCUCUCACUCGUCCAUCGACAAAUGCAAAUCGUUGGAGUGGGGGGAAUUCGUUUUCUUUAAUCAACGAUGAUUUCUCUUGUUUUGCGGCAAGAGGAUUGCUUCGGUCUCGUUCUAGUAGAAUCAAUGGCGAUUUCUGGAUUGGAAGAGAGGGUAUUAUUAAUUCCUUCUCUUCAUCUUCUUCGUCUUCUUCAGCAGCAGCAGCAGUGGGUCAGCCUGAUUUCGGGAGAGGAAGUGAGAAGAAUGAGGAUCAAGCUGUUAAGAAAAGUAGAGAAGCUUCACCAGAGGAAUGUGACCAGGCAGUUGAAGGUUUGAGCUCUGCUAAAGCGAAAGCCAAGGCCAAGAAAUCUCAAGACCUUCAAAAGGGUGGGGAAUCAAUUCUGAAGAGAAUUUGGGCUGUGUUUCUGGGAAUUGGUCCUGCUUUGAGAGCUGUUGCUUCUAUGAGCAGGGAGGACUGGGCAAAGAAACUUAUCCAUUGGAAAGAUGAGUUUAAAUCUACAUUGCAGCACUAUUGGUUGGGGACGAAGCUCCUCUGGGCUGAUGCUAGGAUAUCAUUGAGACUGCUUUCGAAACUUGCAAAUGGGAAAACUCUUUCUAGGAGAGAAAGACAGCAGCUUACGCGAACAACUGCUGAUAUUUUCAGGCUAGUUCCCUUUGCAGUUUUUAUUAUAGUUCCAUUCAUGGAGUUCUUGCUACCAGUGUUCUUGAAAUUGUUUCCCAACAUGUUGCCAUCAACAUUUAAGGACAAGAUGAAAGAACAGGAAGCUCUGAAAAGGAGGCUUAAUGCGAGAAUAGAAUAUGCCAAGUUUCUUCAGGAAACGGUUAAAGAAAUGGCAAAAGAAGUUCAAAGUUCACGAAGUGGAGAGACGAAGAAAACAGCUGAAGAUCUUGAUGAGUUUAUGAACAAAGUCAGAACAGGAGCACGUGUCUCCAAUGAUGAAAUUCUGAGUUUUGCCAAAUUGUUUAAUGACGAACUUACUCUGGAUACCAUCACCAGACCCCGCUUAGUGAAUAUGUGCAAAUAUAUGGGUAUCAGCCCAUUUGGUACAGAUGCCUAUUUGCGUUACAUGCUUCGCAAGAGGCUACAAGAGAUCAAGAAUGAUGACAAGCUGAUUCAAGAAGAAGGUAUUGAAUCAUUAUCUGAACAAGAGCUUCGUCAGGCAUGCCGAGAACGUGGGUUACUUGGAUUACGUUCAGUAGAUGAAAUGCGACAACAGCUAAGUGAUUGGCUUGACUUAUCCCUGAACCAUUCUUUACCAUCUUCCCUGUUAAUUCUUUCAAGAGCUUUCACUGCACCUGGUAAAGUUAAACCAGAGGAAGUUGUUCAAGCUACUUUGUCCUCACUGCCAGAUGAGGUGGUUGAUACUGUUCAAGUGACAUCCAUGCCAUCAGAAGAUUCUGUUUCGGAAAGACGAAGAAAGCUGGAGUUCCUAGAGAUGCAGGAAGUGUUAAUCAAGGAAGAACAAGCGAAAGAAGAAGAGGAACAGGCCAAAAUGAAGGAAUCAACUGCUAAGCAAACGGACGUUGCUCUAGAAGAGAUGAAUAUUGCAACAGCAAAAGAUGCUCAACAACAAGCUCUGGCUAAGACAUUGGAGAAGCAAGAGCAGUUUUGCGAGCUCAGUCGUGCUUUGGCCGUUUUAGCAUCUGCAUCAUCUGUUAGCAUGGAACGUGAAGAAUUUCUGAGAUUAGUAAAGAAGGAGAUUGACUUAUAUAACACCAUGGUGGAGAAAGAAGGUACGGAAAGCCAAGAAGCAGCCAAGAUAGCUUAUAAAGCUGCUAGGGGAGACAGUGAUCAUGCUGCAGAGAAGGCUAUAGCUGACAAGGCCUCUUCAGCACUUAUAGACAGGGUUGAUGCAAUGCUCCAAAAGCUUGAGAAAGAAAUUGAUGAUGUAGAUGCAAAGAUUGGUAACCGCUGGCGACUACUUGAUAGGGACUAUGAUGGGAAAGUAAGUCCUGAGGAGGUUGCAUCUGCAGCUAUGUACCUAAAAGACACCCUUGGAAAGGAAGGUGUUCAAGAACUAAUCAGCAGUCUCUCCAAAGAUAGAGAAGGGAAAAUUCUGGUUGAAGAUAUUGUGAGAUUAGGCAGUCGGGCUGAUGAUUCGGACACAAGUGAGAAGAAUAAGAAGGCAUAAGCCAACACCACACAUAGGAAUUGAAUAUGAUAGUGCUGCACAUUUUUCAUCCUAUCAUUUCUUCCUUGCUAUUUAUGUUUAUGAAGUACUUACCUAUUUUGCUGAAAUUUUGUUUACAGUUUGCAAUGUUGGUUUAUAUAUAUAUCACUGAUGAUGAUAUUAAGAAAAAAUGAUUAAAUUGUAUAUUAGGUAUAUGUAUUUUUCUGUU